UUUAAUAAUUUUAUUUACUUAUUCUAAUAACGUUAUCCAAUGUAUAGGUCGACGAAAACACUGUUUCCACUCUGCCAUCAAACUUCUUCGUCAACAAUCUUCUAGCAACAAUGACGCUGACAAAUGACAAGCCCUCUGCGAAGAAGAUUGUCUGUGACAAUUGUGACAGUGAAGGUCCUGCUCAAGGCCGUUGCAAUGAAUGUGGAAUAUUUCUUUGUCAAUAUUGUUCCGAGUUUCAUAAACGAUCUCGGCCAACGAAACAUCACGAGCUGGUGACCAUGGAGCAAUUGAAAUCCAAUCCGGGUCCACAGAACAUCGCCGAGAAGAUACGAUGUCCUAAACACAAGGAAGAAGUCAUCAAGUUGUUUUGUAAAACAUGUCAAACAACCAUCUGCAGAGAUUGCACCAUCGUUGAUCAUCAGGGGCAUAAAUAUGGAUUUGUUGAAGAAGUCGCUGUCGAAGAAAAACGUCAUUUGCAAAGCAAUCUUAACGAAGUAAAGCAAAGAAAAGGAAGAAUUGCACAGGGGAUUGUAAACCUGAAAAAAUUUAAUGAAGGUCUGGAGGCUAAGAAGAAGUCAACAAUCUCAGAAAUCAGUCAGCACUUCGAUCAACUUGUGAAAGCCGUGGAAUCUCGGAAAAGAGAAAUGAUGGAAAAAGUGACUUUAAUGACGAAUUCGAAACAAAAGCAGAUUCAUACACAGUUAGAGGCCUUAGAAGUGGCUUUAGCAAGUUGUGAAAGCAGCAUCGAGUUUACAGAGCAAGCGUUCAAGAAUGGAAACGAUGUUCAAAUAUUAAGCAUGGAGAAGUACAUUUUGCAGUCUUUGGAGCAGCUGAAAACAGUUAAAGACCAAACGAAGCCUUGUGUCACUGAAAACAUGGUGUUUAUCAUUCCUUCGUCGGUGCAGGAAACAAAGAAUAAACUGUUAACAAAGUAUGAUGUUGACGUUGCUGUCGCAACCCCUGUAUAUUGCCACACCUCCUUCAAGGAAAAAGAAAAAAUGUUUGAUGCUGGGGAACAAUACUCUGUAACAUUAAUCUGUCACGACAAAAAUAACCGAAGAUUAAGGUACGGAGGUCAGGACAUCAAACCGUCGUUCACUGGAAUGGAGGUCAGUGAUGUUGCCGUUACUGAUAAUAAAGAUGGCUCCUACACUAUCAGUUUUUCUCCUCGUCAGGGUGGCAUGUUGAAGUUCGAGGUAUCCAUCAAUGGAACGCCUGCUCCAAAUUGUUCUUUGACAAAACAAGUGAACUGGGUUGUAAGUGAUGCUUGUGGUAAAGGUGCUAUCACUAAUGGUGGACGUACAAUGAAAGGUGAAGAUGGCGAGGGUGUAUACUGUUGGAGAGUAGGUGGAUGUUACUUUGAUUCUGGAGUUCACACGUGGAAAGUUCGAUUGAGUAACAACAAUGCAUAUGAUUCUCAUAAUUAUAAUUAUAAUCAACCCAGUGCUGAAGUUGGAAUCAUCGACUAUGACGAAAUUAAUGCAGAAAUUGCUCAAAGCAAAAAGAAGCCGGUUCGUUAUUGUUCUAAUGCAGAAAAAGGUCAAAGCAAAAAAAAGUGGGUUCAUAAUUGUUCUGUCCAAAGAGGCUACAAUAUUGAUAUUUCCUUAACUUUGGACAUGGAAAAAAGAACACUGGACGUCAAGGUUGUUAAUCCGAGAUCUUUUAGUUCUAGUGGCAGUAGUACUAACUAUCAGUUCACUGCACGUCGCGUUUUACCUUUCUUUGCGUGCAGCUCACCUAGAUUGAGUAUUAGUUUAGUGGAAUGAAAACAUUUAACUGUCGGUGAAAUUAAUUGCUGGUAGUGAACGGAAAAACUGUAGGAAAACGCAAUGCCAGCUAAAACGCGUGUUUCUUACAUUAUUGUUUCAACUGUGCAGCUAAAAUAUGUGCAUUUAAAACUUAGUUUUGUAAAAUUAAAUAUUGAUCGUAUGUGUAGAAUUUGAGGUAGAAUUAAAUAGAUAUAAUUUCGCAAUAAAGUUUGAAUGUUUUCUUGUGGGCGGGGGUUCAAAGAGGAAGCGGAAAUUUAAUUUGGAC